UCGAAGCCACGAUGGGAGUGAACGCAUCUAAGUUUGCAGAGGUCCUGUCACCAGCGACGUUGCACUAAACAAAGACUUCUGGUUUCUUUUUUCUCUCUCUGAAGGGGUUUGUCUGCUUUUUUUUUUUUUUUUUUUUUUUUUUUUUUUUUUUUUUGGUGUCCGAGGCGUUUCUCUCACAGGAUGUUGACAAUAUUGGAAAGCCGGGUAAGAUCAUAAAGUCAGUUCUCUCUUGAUGAGAACGACCUCCUCCUCCUCCUCUUCAUCCUCCUCCUCCUCCUCACCACCACCUCCUCACAAAGGGAACCACGGAACAAGUUUUUCUUUUCUCACGCCAUCAUUUUCUAUUUUUUGAAUGUCAUUUAGGAGCAGAGGAGGCUGUUUCAAAGACAAAAUGGAUCACUUUGCAGCAGAGUGCCUUGUUUCAAUGUCCAGUCGUGCAAUUGUUCACGCUCCUAAAGGGAAUAGGGAGAUUAAACCAGAAACCCCGUCCUCCUCCAAGAACGGAGAGGAAAUGAAAGAACCUUUGGUGAAAGACAACUCCUCUCUUUUUGUGGUGGCUCGGAUUCUUGCGGAUUUUAACCAGCAGACUCCCAAUAAUGUUGCCGAGCAGGCAAAAAUAAAGGAUGAGAGCAUGCCGAGCCUCCUAGAUGAUGGAAACUCUGCCACACCUACCACCAUCUCCGACCCUUCUCUCAAACAAAGAGGCAAAAGAUCGAGAGGUCGAACUGAGCAGGAAUCACCUCAGAAAAAGCACAAAUGCCACUAUUCAGGUUGUGAAAAAGUUUAUGGCAAAUCAUCCCACCUCAAAGCUCAUCUAAGGACACACACAGGAGAACGGCCUUUCCCGUGUACUUGGCCCGACUGCAGUAAGAAGUUCGCCCGCUCAGAUGAGCUGGCCCGCCACUACCGCACCCACACAGGGGAGAAGAAGUUCGGGUGCCCGCUUUGUGACAAGCGCUUCAUGCGCAGCGACCACCUCAUGAAGCACGCCCGGCGCCACUCAGAUUUCCAACCCGGCAUGCUGAAGAGGCCCCAUGGUGGCGGCAGCGGCGGCACCACGCGUCCCAGCUCCCUCAGCGACUACAGCCGCUCGGAUGCCUCCAGCCCCACCCUUAGCCCCGCCCUCAGCCCCGCCCUCAGCCCAGCCAACUCGCCUUAAACUGAAACCCAGUCGCACUUUCUGCCUCUGACCUGCGAGGCCUGCGUUUUUCUCCUAACACUUACGUGUUGCACAGUUGUCAGCAACCCCCCAUUGCUAUUCCUGCGCUUGCUGUGGUGUACCAUACUGUACAUAACUGCUUAUUGUAGUGCAAUUACUUGUGUGAUCCUAAAAGAAGGUAAUGCCUUUCACAGAUGGCAAUAUUUACAUUCUGUACCAUAUGUCUGUAUUUUUUUAGCUUCUGAUCAUGGCUAGUUGUCCAAUGUAUGUUCUCAGUCAGCUAAACAAGGUUUGGAAGAAAAGAAAACAGACACCCUGACAAGUCUUAUCAAAAUGGGGUUUUCUUUGAUUUCUUUUUGAAUGGGUGAGGAGAAGGGGUACACACACACCUCAGGAUUGAAGACAGUUGCUAUUUCUGUAAUACCACAGUACUUCAAAGUACUCACAUUGACUGCACAAUAUACUCAUCACUUUACUCUGAAAUUCAACAGGGGUUGAAUUUUAUGCCCUUCUCAGGGAUGGCCUUGUUAGCUUGAAAGAAUGAAUAUGGUGAAGAGAAUCAUACAGUACAUAUAUAGCAGCCUUACACUCAACACAAUUUUGCACUCUUUGUUUUUAUUUGUGUGUUAGUUUUCACGUUUCGUGGAAACUAGCCCUACGGUCAUACGGUCAAUAGUACACAGAACUCAUGUCUUCAUGCUCUGGGUGGGGUUCACAUGUAAUGCAAUUGCUGUGUGUUAACAAGACGAUCCCCAAACCUUCACCUCAGUAAACAAAACACAUCUGUUCCUCCAUUGCAACGUCGACAUUUAGUUGCCAUUACACUGGGUUAAAUAUGUAUAUCUGCAUGUUGGGAGGAUCAGGGUUAUAUUGGGUCAACAGUUACUCAGUUGGAGAAACUUUAAAGACUUUUAAUAUAGACAGUUAAGUUUCAAAGCAGCUGUUCGUGCUUUUUUUUUUUUUAAAAGUACUAUAUCAUCAGCCAGUAUUUCACACAAAAUGGACACAAAGGGACUUUAGUUGAAACAACUCUCUCUGAAGCACAUAGGAAAAAGUACCAAAGACAAGAGUGAAUGAAAGCCUUCCAUUCAGUCUUGUAAACUGCCCUUAACUGAGGCCUGGGGCUGGUGGUUGGCAGUACCACAGGUAGAACCAGACAGCUUGCUCUCUGCCUUUUGUGGCCUCCCUUGAGGAAACAGCUGCAUCCCACAAGAAGCUAUUCACAGCCCGCAGCAGGAGUGCUAACAUGCCAUUCCUGAGGAGUGCUCCCUCGCCCAUCUGGCUCUACCUGCCCUGUCAGAAAUUGGUGAAGCUCCAACUCUGCCAAAUUGCAUAAGGGGGUUCAAAUGUAGGCCAGAGUGUUGGGCAGAGCUGAGCUGGGCUUGGCUGCGACAUGGCGGAGAACAGAGCGCACAAAGCAGCUAUCUACAAUAGACAGGCAAGAGAGGGCAAGCCCGGAUAAAAGAGGAGAGGUUUAUCAUGAGCUGAGCAGCACAGAGGAGGAGACACCCAGUCCCAGACACCCCCAUCUCCUCCUCCCUCCUUCUUCCUCCCUCCAACUGUUGAAGCAGUGAGCAGAAAAAUAGCUGUAAUUCGCGUGAUUGUCCAACCUGUAGGAUAAGAUAAGUGUAUGAACAACAGUACUACCUAGACAAAGCUAGCAGUGUGGGUGGGACGUACCAAGCUCCAUCCUAAGCACAGGGAGAAAUCCUUUACUACUGCUAGAGAGUCAAAUUUCACAAUGCCAAGGAAAAUGUCGCUCCGAAUUCAUAGUGAUAAACCAGAGCUCUAAAACAGCUGCUUUCAAACUUCUCUCUCUUGCAACAGGGGGGGCUUUUAAACUGUUGUAAAAACAUUUGAACCAAAACGAACAUAUCAGCAAAGUGCAGUGCUCUCCAGCCUCACGUCGUCCUCCCUGUGAAGCUCAGAUGCCCCGUGAGAAAGCUGAUUUGUGUUUCUAGACAGACAUGCCUCAAUAAGUCAGGCAAAAGGCACAGUAAACCUUCCAUGGAAGCGGGCACCACUAUCCAAACUGCUGCAGCCCAGCCAGUCUGUGUUAUGCCUACAUUUUCUCUUAAUGCUUCAGCACUAUGGCCGGAAAUGAUUGCAUCCAUGUAUUUGGUCCUGUCAGACCCCUCCAGACUGUUGUCGUCAUGAAUUGCAUGUGCUAGCUUCAUCCUACCAGCGACUCUUGCCCUGCAGUCCCGUGCUUCACACUAUAUGCAUGUUAACAACUGCGCCUUGGAAGCGUAGAGGGUUUUUUGAGGCGAUCUGGCAGGUGUAAGUUCAUGAAUGGACGGCCUUGUCCCUCGUUCUCCACAGCAGCCAUCUCUCUUUAAAGCUGUGAAGAAUCAGCUCUGUCACAUCCUCCAGAAAAGAAAACAUCACUUAUUUGGAUCAAAUGCAGUAGUUUCCUCAAAACACCACAUGUUUUAAAAAACAACAACAACCCUCUGUAAGAUGUUAAAAUAGUUUCCAGGCUGGAAGAUGACACUUUGAAUGCCACUGAUCAGCAGCUCUUUGUGAAAGAAGCACUGAGAGGGUUUUACAUUUACCAUUUCUGGAAAAAAAACUUUGAUUUUCACAAACAAACUCUUCAAAUGGCUGUUGAGCAGCUUUUUGUGGUAUCUAUCCAUGACUCUUUUUCUUUUGUUAUAGUAAAUUUCUGACUUGGUUUGUAGUGUAACUUUCUCUUGCAAAAAAAUAUUUCUCAGUAGCUCACCCUCAAGCAGGUUUCAUGAAUCACUUUCUUAAUCCAUAAUCUUUACAUUUACCUCAGGGUCGACAUCCGCAAAGCAGAUAUGGGACAGUUUGUGGAUUUUGUUGUAACAUCAGUUGCUGCACAGAAAUGUCUGCCAGCCUCCCCCCCCACCCCAGUGUUCCUGGGUGCUUGGUGCUCACUGCUGGUCAGUGUCCCACCACACUGGAAACACAGGAACACCUCCUCGCGGGGCCCAGCUCCUGCCUAUUAUGUCUUCAUAACAUCCUACAGUCCUGCUAUGUGCCUUAGUAAGCACUGGGCACUCUGGCGCUCUAUUCAGUGAAACGCCCCUUUAAACACCUUUGACCCUUUAGUGUCAGUGGACUUACAGUAGGCAGGAAGCUCCUACCAUCUGAACAUAAACUGACUGUGACAGUGUAAACAUCCCAGUCUAUCCAUCCAUCCAGACUGCACCAGUGAAAUAUAGGCCUCCACAGGCAUGAGUGUCCCAUAACUUUUUUUUCUCACUGUACCAAAUCUACUUGAAUAAUUCAACACAAAAGGCCAUUGAACACAGUUUUGUACAUGUCCAUUUUUACUGUACUUGCUUUUGUUGUCAAAUAAUUAUUAACCUCUCUGGAGAAAGGUGUAUAGUCUGUUUGAUUUAUUCUGUUUUUUUUCUAGAUUUUCCAUUGUCUUCAGGUCAUUUCAGCAUCUCUUUCGUAUAUAUCACAGCAUAAGGUUGACUGGUUUUGUCAGGCUGUUUAAAAGCACCGUAUUUUGUUAAAAAUAAUACAUUUAUCCCUGUAAAAUGGGGUUUACCCCUUUUAUCAGAAACAAUUAAUACUCCGUUGAUGUCAGGAUGCAGGUUAUUCCAUUUAGCCUGUUAUCCAAAAAUUCCUCAGUCAAAAAACGAAAGGAUUGUUUGGGGUGAUGAACGUCCUGACCUCUCUGUUCGACAGUUUCAGAUGGAGUGACUUCUUUUCCUUUAUUAUUUAGAUCAUUUUUUCCAUAAGAAUAGAGACCACAGCAUUGUGAGUUAGCGAUGUAGUCAUGAGUUUUAUUAUUGUUUUUUUUGUCUCACAUAAAAUGCUUGUAUAUUUUUCAAAAAUCAUACCUCUUGAAAUAUUUGACUUUUGUUGUACCUUCAUAUCUUUUCAAAACAUCCAUCAUGUAGCUUACGUUUGCUUGAUGAGUAGCACAAAUAAUUGGUGGUUUUAUUUGUCCCUACUUGAAUGAUGAAAGGAAGAGAGAAAAGAAAAUAGAAAGAAAAAAGGAAACUUUUUUCUGUAAAACAAAACAAAAAAACAAAAAACACUGGGCUAAAUUUUAUAUAAUCAUCCGAUGUUGUCAGGGUCUUGCACAUCCUUGUAGAUUCAAAAUGUAAUCUUUCCAGGAAAUAAUAAAACCUUAUUUUUAUUAUUUUAUGUUAAACAGAUAUUUAAAACACCCCUCCUCUACUGAGCUCCAUAUAUUUAUCUUAGUUAAAAAUGGUUUAUAUGAGGGAUGUUGUCAGCUGUAAAUUACUUAGAAACUCCACUUCAGCAUUUUUUAAUCCAACUUUAUGAUUGUAAUCCCCGUAACAUUACAGCGUUUGACAUUUGUCAAACAAAAAAAGGACUUAAAACAAUGACAAAAUGGAAAUACAAGGUUUCUACAAGAUGCUAACUGUGUACCAGUUAUUAUUUUUUUCUGCUAAUUGUAAAAUGAUAUUAAAGUGAAUUGGUUGUUGCCUAGUAUGUAAAGAACUAACAUGAAUCUUAUUUUUAAAAAUCAUAUAAAUUACAUGAAUAUAUCGCUGAUCAGAUCGUCUCAUCUUCAUGACUGGUCUCAGUGUACAAGCAUGAUUGAUGCAAUUGUGUGCCAAAACUAUAAUGGUAACUUCAUAAAGAUACAAAAGUUGAGGGUAAAAAAAUCUAGCUACUAUCGGACAUUUAACAAACUUGUACAGUUUUAUAUAAGUGUGACAUGUUUUUAUGUAAUGUACAGGAUUUAAAGAAGCAACUCUGUGUAUUUGAUAUGCAAGUGCUCUAAGUUAAAUAAUUAUUUUCUGCUUUAUGUAAACAUUUUGAUUGUGUAGCUUUGUUUUCAUUUUGGUUCUUGUUAUUUAAUUUUUACUUCUUUUUUUUUGCUGUACAAUAUUUUAGCAAUGUAUAAUGGCUUAUUGCAGGUAUUUUGACAUAAACAAUCUUAAUGAUGAUGAAAGCCCAACCAUUCCAAAGGAUUGAAAAUUGCAUUUGCUAUAAAUGUGCUGCUUUCAUGGACCGAUGCAUUUUUGUAGGUUAUGAAUCGAAGUCUGUCUUGACUGUGAGGUUUUAAACAUUGUGAGUUGUCCACAAGGUACGUUUCUCAUUGUCAACGUUUCCCAGGUUUAACCUCUCCUUUCUACUCUGCAGGAUCUUUAAGCUAAGCCAAUUUGAAUGAACAACAUACAUGCAAUAUUUUAGUUAAGUAUUAUAAUAUGUAAUAUUUAAAAGACUAGGACGUACAGAGUAUGUCCUCCCUCGUGUCAAAGCCCUGAGGCUCGGGGAGUGAUGUUUUAAGAGGCAGCCAUGAUAGGAGAGAGUGGUUCUUCAGAAUGAGAAGGAGAUUUGAGUUCUCGCAGCUCAUCAAAAGCUCCACAGUUACAAGUUGUUACCAAAGGCUAUGAAGGGAAAGAUGAAUGUGGCAGUAACUUUGAACCCAACCCAGUUUGGACCUUUGGGUUCAACUUUAUAUGCUGUAAGUGCUGAUCAAUGGAUGUUGUGCUUGAUAUGGACCUUUUUCUACAUCUCAAUUAAGCAGGUUUCUUUUUUCUUUCUUUUUGAAAAUCACUUGAAUGAACAAAAACUAUAAAUCUUACGAGCAAACUAAUUCUCACUGAGUAAAAGACGAGAAACAAAAGAGACUGCGUGAGUAGGACCAUGCAGUGGAGUAGACCACAUCUGUCUGUACCCUUCACUGACCAUGUGGUCUCGCUUGACUGCCCAAACUGACACUGUGCGUCAUUUGCUCUUCACUGAAGAAAUGCACGCUGACAAAAAAAGACUUUGCUCAAGCUUUGGAUAUUUUUGCCCUGAAAGGAUUAGUCUGUUCCAGGUUAUGCAGCACACAGUGCUGUGAAUGACCUCCCUUUAAUAACAAAAAGAGAGCCACUCACCAGCCUUUUGGUUCUGUUUCCUGUACCUGUUUGUCCUCAGUGUACCUCCUCAGUGUAAUGUUGCUCUCUUGAUACCUCUGUGUGUUUGUCCUCUGCCCAUCACCAUCAGUUGCCUGUUGUAGUGACUCCAUGGUGCUGCUUCUCCUUUCAGCACCAGUAUAAUCUAAUCUGUAAAUAACUCUCGACUCAGCUAUGGCCAGUACAUUUUCUUAUGACCUCACUCUAACCUUCAGGUGUCAUUUUUUUUUUUUCUCUCUCAGCAAACCAAAAUCACUACAUUCAAGUAUUACAGUUGUACAGUUACUCGGAUUCUACACACAUCUAAUGUGCUGGUCUUAGCUGCUCUGCUGUACCUUUUUAUGGCAUUAUUUUCUACAUGUUAGACGAUAUAUUGUGACCAUGUCCUAUGCAAAUAUGAAAAAUAACAGAUUGUUGAAUAAUGUAUGUUGUCAUAACUUGUAUGCAUGAUAUAGUGAAGUUUACAUUUGGAAAUAAAUUCAUAAAAUA